AUGUCGUAUCCAUAUGAACUCUACAGAGGCAGCUCUGUCGGCAUCGCACUCGCAGACUCGCUGGACGCCCUUAUUUCCAGCAACGAAAUCACGCCCCAGCUGGCUAUUCGCAUCAUGGAACGUUAUGACAAGGCCGUCUGCGACGUCCUCCAGAAGCAAGUAAAGGCGAAGGCAACCUUCAAGGGCCGUUUACAUACUUAUCGAUCCCUUUCCAUGCCCUUCGAACUCUGCACUCAUGGUUUAUCUCAGAGAAAUUGCGACGAUGUCUGGAGCUUCUACCUCAGGAAGUGCACCCUGAAGAUGGAGGGAGGCGAGCAAGUUCCGGUCGAAAAGCUCAAGAUUAUUGCAUGCAAGCAUCCAGAUGCGGCGGACCUGACAAAGGGCCAGAAGACGCCGUCAAAGAAUGCAGACAAAGACAAGGAAUAA